GACGGCCUCGCUGUAGCGCCGGAGCCGCAGGACGGACGCAGAGGCUGGCAGGGCCGGCUCGGCGCACCCCGAGGCCAGGGCGCCAGUCACCCCGCGAGUCAGCAGCUCUCCCAAGUAUCGGUACAUCGUCGCUAAGGUGGCUGAGUUGGAACUCCAUCACGAGAGCAUCUUCAUACCUGUUUGACUUUCAACGGAGUGUGAUGACAGCAUGGCAGAUGCGCCGACUAUCCACGUUUUCUUGGGUGCCCCGGGUCCGUCUCUCGAUGACGUGCCUGGUCCCGACCCAGACCGAGGCCCAUGGAGGACUGUGAACCUCCGUUUAGAAGGGGGGAGACUGCAGCCCAGGCAACAUGAGUCUGGCGGCAUUCUAGGGGGGCAGGGUGGGGUGGAUCCUGUUACGCUCACUAAUGAGGGAUUAGGACGACUGAACAUCGACCCCCCGGACAGAAGCACCUCAAAGAGAGUCAUUGCACUCUCACAAAUAAAAUGGGCAGACCACGAGGGGCAGGGCUUAUGCCCCAGCGCAGUCCGUGAUUACUUGGACAGCAGCUUCCCUGAGCAUGGUCCAGGCCAGGCGGGGGCGAGGCCCAGUGGCUCAGUGUCUGCAGGGACAGAGUACUUGAGUGUCUGGACCAUCAGCCAGGUGCUUAUGCUGAGAGGGAAACUGGGAACAGGGCAGAAAGAAGAAGUGGCAGAGAGGCCACCCACAAGCCCAGAGAGUAGCCCAGAGCUGUACAGCCCAGCAGGUGGCGAGAGUGAGAUAGGGGGACCGGGCACUGACAAGGGGUCACAGGAGCUCCUCAGUACUCUGAGUAGUAGACAGGAAGAAGGUGGCUUGGGACUGGAGGCCACACCUGACGGCAUCCUCUGCUCCCAGAGCUCCCCUUCAAAAACCACAGGGGAAGUUACAGAUGCAACGGGCCACGCACAGCCCGCUGCCGCAGAUGCCGCAGUGAGCUUCUCAGGUCAGCGUUCUCCAGUGUCCCCAGCCUCCAAGAAGAGCAGAGCAUCCCCGAGUGGGGCAAGGAUACAGGAGCAGCCAGGGUCAUCACACAGGAGCCUGCGAAUGAACUCUUGUGACUCCACCACACUCCUGGCCUACUGUGUGACCAGGAGAACGCCUUGCUCCAUCCUGGGUGUUGUACUGUACCCAUGUCACCUGAAGGAGGUUAAGGUGAAGUCAGGGGCCUGGGCAGGGUCCACGGUUCCCCUGGCAACCAUUGUGGUCACUGACCAAUCAGGUGUGGAGAUGAAGGUGGUGUUAUGGAGAUCUGCAGCAUUCUGGGCCCUGACCGUGAACCCAGGCGAUCUGCUGCUGAUUACAGGCGUGACCAUCCAUGAAGAUAAGUGGAGGGGGGAGGUGGUCCUGCAGUCCACACGCUCCAGCAGGCUGCUUAACCUGGGCCAGCUCACUUGCGACCACCAGCCACCAGCCCCGUGGGGUGUCAGUCAGUACACUCUGGAUGAGCUCUGCUCCCACAUGCGGGAGAAGUACCGCCCCCUGAUGACCCUCCCAGCCCGAGUCCCCCAGGACCCUCAGGACAUCCCUUAUGCCCGCCUCAGGGCCCUGAAGCCAGACACACUGGUCCACGCUGUGCUGAGAGUAAUCAGUAGCUCUCUGUUCAAAGUUUGGCGCACAGAGGCGGCGAGCUUCUCUCGGACAGGAGCUGUGCAGAAGGCUACGCUGACUGUAGAGCAAGGAGAUGGCCAGCAGGGGGAGUUGGUGCUAUGGGGAGCCGCGAUGACCUGGCUAAACCGUAUCCAAAGGAACAAAGACGCAGUCUGGGAUUUCCGAGUUCUUUUGGUGAAACAGAACAACAUAUCUGGCCAUCUGGACCUGCACUCCACACCCUGGGGUGCCUGCAAACCUCUCUUUCCUGGCGAUAAAAAGGCAACAAUGUUCUGUAGUGCAAUCCAGCCAUAUCUGGGCCUGGCCAGCUUUGAGAUAGACCUGCAGACUCUUCUGUCGCAGAAAUACACAGGUGACGUGGAGCUGAGGUGUCACAUCACGAGCUUCCAGUUCCAAAGCAGCUCCUCCCAAGAUGCCUCACCAGUACUGAAUGGGGACACGCCGUUGGAGGGGAUUUUGUUAGCGCUCUCUGGGGACGUGACCUUCACCGGCUGUGGGCAGUGUGGCUCUGAGCUGGCCACUGAUGCCAAUGGGAUCUACCGGUCCUGUUACCCAUGCCUUCCCCACACUGCCGUUCGCCGCUACUAUAGGCCUGCCCAUAUGACUGUGAGGGAGGGGGAGAGAGAGGUCGGCAUCCAGGUGCCCUCUGUACUGGUGCAGAAGAUUUUGCAGGAUGUUCCCCCAGAGAAGCUGAACAAGGCCGUGGCUCCUGCCUCAGACAGAACAUUUGUCCAGGUGGUGGCUGAGACACUCUGCUCUCUGCUCUCCGAUCCCCACUGCACCGCAUCCCUGACUAUCUACAGCCACUUCCAGUGUGAUGAGAACAGCAUCCCCACUGCCCACGACCUCCUCCUGCUGGAUUUCACCCUGCAGCGUUGAUGAUGUUUUUAUUAUCCUGCAUUUCAUGUACCCAGUCCCACCUGGUAUUGGCUCCAGGCUCGCUGUGACUCACUGUGACUCGCUGUGACUGUUUGCUUUCAUUUAUAUGUUGUCUAAUAAUCCCCUUUUAUUUAAUAUUUAAUUUUUUGCGAUUGUAUUGGGAUUCUGAUUCCAUAUUUUUUACUUUUUUUUACUUCUACUUUGACUAAUAAAUAAUAAUUCCUUACUAA